AAAUUUUGCAAUACUUAACUUAUCUGUAUAUUUUAGAUGUGGAAUUCUUCAUAUAAAACAAAGAGUGAAGAUUUCAGGAAGAUUUUUAAGGAUGUAAAUCGCGAGGAUCGGCUACUUGUAGAUUAUUCUUGUGCCUUGCAAAAAGAAAUUUUGGUCCAAGGCAGGAUGUAUAUUACACAAAACUGGGUCUGUUUCUAUGCCAACAUAUUUACUUGGGAAACACUGCUGGCCAUUCCCUGUGGAGAGAUCAGAUCCAUCACCAAAGAGAAGACGGCUCGAGUGAUCCCUAACGCCAUACAGAUACAGACUGAGAAGGAGAAGUACUUCUUCACCAGCCUAGGGAACAGGGAUAAGACGUACAUGAUGCUGUUCAGAGUCUGGCAGAAUGCUCUAAUGGGAAAGUCUAUGGCAGCUAAGGAGAUGUGGCAGUGGAUUCACUAUAACUAUGGGGAGGAGCUGUGUCUGGAUUCCAGCGAUGACGAUUAUGUAGCCCCGCCCUCACUCAUAGAGGAACCAAUCAGGGAUGAAACUGUGACCCCCAGUAGGUUAAAUCAGACAGAGAACACGGACUCUGAUUGUAUCCCUCCUUCCCCGGGGUUACCUCAGAAUGACCUGGACAGUAAAGACCAUUCAUUAUUUGCCCCCGCAGCAGUGGAGGAUAAUCCUGUGGAAAAUGUUUUAACUGAUCAGAGUGAUACUACAGAAGAUAGCGAAGGAGAGGGAACCUUGUUUUGUGCUGAACAUAACCACUUUGAGAAACCUAUGUUGGAUGAGGUGUAUUACAUUCCAGUGGAGAAGAUGUUUGAGAUGCUGUUUACAGAGUCUGACUUCUACAAUGAGUUCCACUCUAGAAGGGGGUCAAAAGACUUCACCUUUACCCCAUGGAAAGACAUGGGACAUGGUAAACAAACCCGUACGGUCAGCUACACCAUCCCAUUAAACUACUCCAUAGGCCCAAAGUCCUCUCAGGCUGUAGAGCUUCAGACCUGUCAGAAGGACCCCACCCCCGGGACCUACUUCACAGUGGACACAGAGUGUUCGUGUCUGGGCAUUCCUUAUGGAAAUACAUUCAUAGUUGUCAAUAGGUACUGCAUAUCCAAGAUAAAUAGGUACAAAUCCCGACUGCAGGUCACGUCAGAGGUCCGCUACAAGAAGUCCGUGUGGGGACUAGUCAAGAGUAUGAUAGAGAAGAAUAGUAUACAAGGUUGUAUAGAUCACUUCAAUACCCUCAGUGUUCACCUGAAGCAAGAGUCAGACAAAUUUGAGACCAGCGUCCUGCAGACUCGAGCCAGUGGCAAAAGGAAAAUCCGAAAGAGGAGAGUCCGAUCUCAGCACCCAAUAGUCCCAGAAAUCCACAAACUGAAACCCACCCGACACCUGUCACUGAUAGACAAACAGACAAGACAAGCUAACAAGCCCAGUCUUACACCUCCUACACCAAUCAAAAGUGUUACAAUACAUAAAGAAGAUAUCACAAAAUUAAAUGCAGAUACAUUAGUCAGAGUCAUACUGGUUGUAUUGGUCUUGCUGGUUUUCUUUAAUGCCAUACUUUUCUAUAAGCUGUGGUCUUUGGAGAGCUACACCAAUAUAGUAUACUUCCCACGGCAACACACAGUAACUGAAGAUCUCAAAAAUUACCCCAAAUCACAAGAAGAAUGGAUCCAGUUACUACAACAACAAAGACAGCUACAUGAGAGUGAAAUUGACAGAUGGAAGGAAAUCAUUACAUCCUCAAUAGAUCUUAUAGAUAGAAUAAAAGGCACAUUGGGGGAUGUGAAAAACAGUUUAGAAGGCAGACUACAGAAUUCAGACAUUUUUAAAGGAGAGAAUUCAUAACAUAGAGAAACCAGUUCAAAACUGGUGUCAUUUCCCUAUUUCUAUAAUUAAUACAAAAACGGGUAGCUGGCUACUUGUUAUGGGGUAUUGUAAAUGUAAAAUUCUUUGUCAUGUUCUCCUCAUGAAGUUGAUCAUGUUUUGAUUUUAAUUUAAAAAAAAGAUAAAAAUAUCUAGAUUAUAGCAACUUCUACAUGUACAUGUAGUUAAUUUAUU